AUGGAUAAAAUACCUGAACAUAGAAAAAACGCUUUUAAAGCAAAAUCUGUUUUCAAAGCUGACGAAUUACGCCGCCGCCGUGAAGAGCAACAGAUCGAAAUUCGCAGGAAAAAUCGUGAAGAAUCCUUAGCGAAACGUCGCAAUCUUAAUGUUCCUGCCUCACCUGACUCCGAUGAUGAGUCUGCCGUUGCGGUUAUCAAUGCUCAGCUCCAAGAGCAAUUGCCUGGGAUGAUACAAGGUGUUUUCUCUGAUAAUGUUGAAGAGCAACUUCAGGCUACUACCAAGUUCAGAAAGUUGCUUUCGAAGGAAAGGAACCCCCCUAUUGAGCAAUUCGAAGCAGCUUGGGCUUUAACGAACAUAGCUUCCGGAUCUUCUCAGCAAACUCAGGUCGUAAUCGAUGCUGGAGCUGUCCCUAUUUUUGUUGAAUUAUUGAGUAGUCCUGUAGCUGAUGUUAAAGAGCAGGCUGUAUGGGCUUUAGGAAACAUUGCUGGGGAUAGUCCGCCGUGCCGUGAUUACGUUUUGCGUGAAGGGGCUCUCCGACCUUUAUUGAAUAUUCUGAAUGAACAUAAUAAGUUGUCUAUGUUGCGUAAUGCAACAUGGACUCUUUCGAACUUUUGUCGAGGUAAAAGUCCUCAGCCGGAAUGGAGUUUGAUUGCUCCUGCACUUCCUGUUCUCGCUAAGCUUAUUUAUUCGAUCGACGAUGAAGUUCUUAUUGACGCAUGUUGGGCAAUUUCGUAUUUGUCGGAUGGCAGCAAUGAAAAGAUACAAGCUGUUAUCGAGUCUGGUGUUUGUCGCCGACUCGUUGAGCUUUUAAUGCAUUCCUCGACAUCUGUUCAGACUCCUGCUUUGCGUUCUGUUGGAAACAUUGUAACUGGUGAUGAUGUUCAAACUCAAGUUAUUAUUAACUGUGGUGCGCUCCCAGCUUUGUUAAGUUUGUUGUCUAGCCCUAAGGAUGGUCUUCGCAAAGAAGCUUGCUGGACCAUAUCCAAUAUUACCGCGGGUAAUUGUGCUCAAAUACAAGCUGUCAUAGAUGCCAACAUUAUACCUCCUCUUAUCAAUAUUUUGCAACAUGCCGACUUUAAGACUCGUAAGGAAGCAUGCUGGGCAAUUUCCAAUGCAACAUCCGGUGGUCUAAACAAACCUGAACAAAUCAAAUAUCUCGUUAGUCAAGGCUGUAUCAAGCCCCUUUGUGAUUUGCUGACUUGUAUGGAUAAUAAGAUAAUCCAAGUCGCUUUAGACGGUCUUGAAAAUAUUUUAAAAGUUGGUGAUAUGGAAAAGGUCGAUGGCGUUAAUCAGUUUUCCUUGUUUAUUGAGGAAGCUGGUGGUAUGGAGAAAAUCCACAAUUUGCAGAUUCACGACAAUAUUGAGAUUUACAAGAAGGCAUAUCAUAUAAUUGAUAAAUACUUUGCAGAAGAUGAAGAUACAGCGAUAGCUCCAGAGAUGGAUAUUAAUUCUGGUCAUUUUGUUUUUCAGUCAGAUGUUAGCUUACCCAAUAGCGGAUUUCACUUUAACAGCGGUGGUAACCCUAUGUAA